AUAUAACCUGUGUGUCGGGGACUGUCUCCACUGGGCUGGGUAUAUAACCUGUGUUGUAUUUUCCAGGCAGUGUUUCGGGGACGGUCUCCACUGGGCUGGGUGUAUGAUCAUCUCCCUACUCGGUCAACAGAGACGCUUUGACAUCCUGGACUUCAGCUAUCACCUGCUGAAGGUGCAGAAACACGAUGGAAAGGAUGAGAUCAUCAAGAGUGUGCCUCUUAAAAAGAUGGUGGACAGAAUCCACAAGUUCCAGGUUCUCAACGAUGAGAUCUACGCCAUUCUGAACAAGUACCUGAAGUCAGGCGACGGGGAAAAUAUGCCUGUGGAGCAUGUCCGGUGUUUCCAGCCUCCUAUCCACCAAUCCCUGGCCAGCAACUGAGAUUGACCAUCCAAUAGCAUGAAUCAGCAAUACAUUUCCUAUAGCACCAUCCACUUAUGUUUAACUAAGCACAAAGGAUGCAUCUCAAACGUUUUAUAUAAGUGCACUACCUAGGGAAUAGGGUGCCUUUUUGGAGGCACUUAUCAAAUAUUCUUCCACCUUUUAAACUAGAUGAUAGGAACACUGUGGACCAUUUUCAGCAAGUUGAAAUCAUGAACAGAAAUAAACGAGGUCUAAAUCAUGUUUGAUCUGUAAGUAUAUAUAUUUUUCAGAACUGUUUAAAGCAGCAGUGGCCCAACUUUCCUUACAUAAUGUUUGUCAGGAUGAUUUUUGUGCCUUAAGUAAUCAAUCGCAAAACUGUGUUUCAUAUAUCUGGAACACUGUAGACCAGGGAAUGAUUUAUUUAAGGGGUUUGGGGGUGGUGGGAUAUCAUUGUAGCCUGUACUCAAUGAAGGGGAAUUGGACAGAGUAGAGUAUAUUUGGUGCUAAAAACCUAUAAAUCUGUAGAGUAACCAAGUUUCUUAAAGCAUUUAUUCACUUUGCCUUUUUGUGUUGGAAUUAUUUUAAUCAUUUUCAUUCAAUAAAUAUGUAACAAAUA